GAGAGGGAAGGGAGGGAACAGAGGGAAUAAGCAGGGAGGGGUUUUAUAAAAGUGGAGGCUAUACGCACAGGGGAAUGCCGGAUGAGAUGAGGAAAAAGAUGAGUGGGGGAAGUGGCCAGAGGGUGUGACUACAAGAGAGAAAGAGAAAGACCAGCUGUUUAGGAGUCGGAGAGAGAGAGAGAAAAUACCGGGAGGGGCAGAAGCAGACUCGGCUAUUGCAAGGCUUUCGGUCUCGGUUUCAAAGUUAUGAACGAGAACCUCGGUGCGGUACAUACCAGCGGGGUCUUGGUUGUUUAAGAGUUCAACUCCUUCUUUUGUACCUAGUGCAUGGUAAUCAACCACGUCUAUGUUGAAGGUGCCAAAGACCUCAGGGGAAACAAUGGAUUCCUUGAAGACCGUCUUCCGCUUCCUGGCUGACCAAAAAUCCACCAUCGGCUACGGCUUCAUGGCCAUCCUCACCAUCGGAGGCGAGAGGAUCUUCUCCAUGGUGUCCUUCAACUGCCCGUGCAACCACGGCCAGAACUUUGUCUACGGGAUCACCUUCCUGCUCGGACCGGCCGUGGUCCUGCUGACCACCGGGCUGUUUGUCAACAACCGCUUGUGGAGGCUCUUCACGGGCUGCUGCCUGAACCCCCUGAAGCUUUGCCCCCGGGGCAACUGCAUCGGCUGCUGCGCGGGGCUGUCCAAGGUGGUGGCGGGGGCGUGCGUGGCUCCCAUCAUGUGGCUGUGCGUGGCGCUCCUCAACGGGACGUUCUACGAGUGCGCCGUCAGCGGCCUGGACGACAACCUGGUCGUGCCGCUGCUCUGCAAGAACAAGACCACGCUGUGCCGGGAGGAACUGGCGCGGGUCCCCUGCGGGAGAUCCAAGCUCCCGACCAAUGAGAACAUGGAGCUGCUUCUCAUGUUCCGAGCCCAGUCACAGAUUCUGGGUUGGGCCAUCAUUAUAGUCUCAGCAAUAGUAGGUUUGAUUGGCACCUGCUACAGAAACUGUCGCUCACAGGUGAGCUACCUGCAGCUCACAUUCUGGAAGCGCUACAUGGAGAAGGAACGUGAGAAGUUUGACAUAUAUGCGUCUGACUAUGCCACCAAACUAGCCGAUCGCAAUCUCAAGAGCUUCUUUGAGAACCGAGAUCCUGAAGCGUUCCCUUUCCCAAACCACCGGGCCUGGGAAGAGAUCUCAUCCCCGUACACGUUUACACGUGGAGAACAGUGCUACAGCACCUUGCAGCGCUACGUAGACCGCAGCGAUCGAGACUACAACCCAGAGAAGAGACCCAUUGUGGAUAUGGAGCACGGCAUUGAGAUGACCUAGAGUGAAGAAGAGGAGACUUGAUCUUAAUGUGGCACAAGAGAUGCUCUCACAUUAAGAUGACUGCUUAGUUGAGA